GAUCACUCCGACUCCACUUGUCUGGCAUCCUUCGCAUCUUGGCCUUUCUAUCUUUUAUGGUUCUCAAUACAUUUACCUAUUCCUUUUUCUUGCCAACAUCCCUCAUCGUUCACCUAUCAGAAGUGGCAAACAGCAACAACUGCAUUGAGAUUGAAUAGCUAAGAAGCGUAAUGAAACCACAGACGCAAGAGCAGGGUCAUUGGCUGGACAAAUACGCAACGAACUAUGCAGAAUGGAAACUAUCUGAUAGUACAGAUGGCAGGCAGCUAUUCAACCGUCCGCUUGGGCUAGUGGAGACUUCAUUUGACUCAGAUGGCACGUACUACGGUGGCCGGGCAGAUAUGACGGCCCUCUAUACAUUGGCAAUCCAGCACAAGCUCCCAAAGACAGAAUUGAGACGUAGGAUAGCGCUCGCGUGGACCGCUUUACGGCUUCAACAUCCUCUGCUUAUGGCUCGAGUUGUUGACAACCAAGAAACUGGAACACGGGGUUUCGCCGUCGACGUACCUGUUUCCUCUGAAUCUGCAAUCGAACAGGUCGAGCAGAGCAUUAUCUGGAUCGAAGAUGCAUAUGACGAAGUUGAUGAGAAAGAAUUAUACCGUCACGCCUACAACGUGACUCGCAUCGUCGAGCCCGCAAAAUGCUUAUCGAAGCUGCAUGUGCUACCUUUGCGGAAACUUCCAAACGGGACAUAUGAGCUGAGAUUGCUCAUCGUGAUUGCGCACCAGAUCUCCGAUGGUCUCUCGGCGUACAAUUGGUUCAGCCACUUUCUUCGCAUCAUAAACCAGCCGUCUCAGAACAUCUUGGCAGAGAUCGAGUCUGUCUGUACGUCAGAGAAGAUCAAGAAAGUCUUACCAGCCGCUCAAGAAGACCUAUACCCACCCAUUGCAGGCAACAGGGCGAGACAGCGUUGGUUCUGGGCGCUCAUCAGAGUGCUGAGACAUGUGAAGAAAGGAGGACUACCACCUACCUUCACGAAUCCGCUACGGAGAGAAAAGAGGCUCGACGAACCAUUACGACUAGAACCUAAGUUCGAUAGAGUCUUCGACUAUAGCCCUUCAACCCGCCCUCCGAUGUCAUGUGGUCAUGUCUCCGCAUCGCUUUCAGCUGCCGCUUCAGCACGUCUGAUAUCACUAUGCCGAUCUGCAAACGUCAGUAUAGGAGCUGGGUGUUUCGCUCUUGCCGGUCUAGGCAUGAUGUCAAUCCACGAAAAGCGUUCUCCUUCAGACAGUCACCCGCCAUUCACAGCAUCGUUUCCUCUAAACCCGCGCGGCUUCUUUGUGAACCCACCACCGGCAGACUCAUGCAUGCUAGCCUUCAGCGAAGGGAUAGUAAUGCCUUUCUUAUCUUCAGAUCUACCAGUAGAAGGAAGGUUCAAACUAACAGCAAAGCACGCCAAUCGCGAGUUGCGGGUCUACCAAAAACGCUUGAAAGGAAAGGGGAAGACAGGUACAGCAGGUAUUCUUGACAAACACUCACCAGGCCGUCUACUCGCGACCGGCUACGUCACACAGAUUGAGCGUGUCGAAGCAAAACUACCACCCGAACGCCGUUCACCCUCUUUCCAGAACCCGCAAGGCUCCCUAGCUCCCAGCACAGCUGGCUACGGAGCGACGUGCGGAGUCUCAUCCAUCGGCCCUCUGGCUACAUUUUUCAAGCGCGGAACAUAUGAUUUGAAGAACCUAGGGGACAAAGACUUUGCGGCGGACUUCCGAGACGUGAAUAUUGGGGUCAGAGCACGGGAGAAUGAGUUCUUGGUUGGAAGUUCGACUAGUGCAGAGGGUAUCAUUGGAUUUGGGGUUAGCUAUGAUUUGAAUGCUAUCAGUGCUGAGGCGGCGGAAAUGUGGAAGGAGACAAUGGAAGGAAUGCUGGAGGUGAGGGAGGUGGCGAAGUUGUAGGUGUGGGGUGAGGUGGGUGACUAUGUAUAAGAUUGUUUUUUCUAAGCUUCUCAAAAGACUAAUCUGCAUAUACUUGCUACAUUUGGCGUUAGUGAACUAGAGAUUUGAAGAAUUUCUAACACCUCUAAGAUGUCUUAUGGUACAGGGAGACAAGUCAACAGAUACGACCCAACUGGCAAAGGUCGAAGACAUGAAAGCGCGAUCUGUAUGAAGCUGUCCUUCUUUUCUCAUUGGAAGUUGAAGGCCAUAGCAAGGAACACUUUGUUAACCUCUCCCAGUGAAGUAUUAAAGUGAG